AAGGAGUAAAAGGUUAUAGUUAACUAAUGCUUAAAUAAAAAUGAGUUAGGAAUGGUAACUACAAUGAAAAAUUAAAUAAGAAUAAACUAUAGUCAUGUUAAAGAGAGAAUACACCAUAUUUCAGUUUCAAAGUUCAACAGGUCAAUUAUUUAAAUACAACCUCAGAUGAACAACAGCGUGACUUAUUACACUGUGUAUGAAACACUAAGUAUAUCCCAUCACUCUGUAGCUUGUAGAACAAACUGUAGGUGGUAGGUUUUUGUUCAUUACUGUACUUCUAACAGCUGCUUCUGACAUCCCAAUUUCUCUCUGCAAAACAUUCAUAUCUUUCAGUUUUCUGUAGUAUUUGGAGUGAACAUAACUCACAGUAUGUCCAAAUAAGUAGAAGGCGAUCAAAUGAUGCAAACACAUUAUUAGCACAUUAGAGCUAAUUUUGUUUAUUUAUGUCUAAAGAGAUCAAACUGCUAAAUAAAUACAUUAAAUUCUCUGGUUGCAGAUCUGGUAAUGUGAGGACUUUUGAUGCAUCUGUCUGUUUGUAUAGACGUCAUUAUGUGUCAGGCUGAAGGAGGAGGCAGGCUUGCUUUGUUGGGCCUGUGGGAGGAUGCUAGGAGGAUAUAUAGUGGAUCGAGACCAUGCGAAGCCUAGUGGCAAUGAGGACCAAACAGAGACGACAGGUGUGCGUUCUUCUACCGAACAAGCAGCACCUGGAUUGUGCUGUCACGGUAAAAGCCAGAGGCCAUGAGGUGUUGAACAAUGUGUUGAAGCAUCUUGGUGUCAGUGAUCUCCAAGUGUUUGGUCUGGCUGUUAUGAAAGAUAAUGAUUAUCUGUUUCUUGAUUUGGACCAAAAGCUGAGCAAGUACUUUGGGAAACGAUGGAACAAAGGAUCUUUAAUGGUCCCAUUUAUCUUAUUUCUGAGAGUCCAGUAUUAUGUAGAAAGUGGGCUGCUAAUUUUGAGCACCACAGUGCAGCAGCUCUACUACACUGAGCUGAGGCAGAAGGUGCUGCGUUCACAGAGCCACCAUCAGGAGGCUUUGUUCUUCCAGCUGGCAGCCUCUGCCCUCCAAGCUGACGUCGGCGAUCUGGCACAGGGAGAGGAGACCGAGGAAGACGGAGAAGAGAAGAAGCAGGAGAGAAAACACAGAUGCUACUUUCUCCCUGAAGAUUACUUCCCCUCAUGGCUCAUAAAGCACAGAGGGAGAGAGUAUUUACUUCAGCACAGCCCAGUGCUGCAUGGUGAGCUGAGGGGGGUGUCUCGCAGGCAAGCCAUCCUGCACUUUAUAAAGGAAGCCAACGGGCUGCAGGAUGGACCUGUCACAUUCUACAGGAUGAGAGAGGAGGAAAAACAGCCGAGGAGUUUAAUCCUCCUCGGUGUGACAGUGAAAGGAGUCCAUAUUUGCCAGGAGGUGGAAGGGAAGCAAUCUUUGUUGUAUGAUUUCUCCUGGACAGGUAUUGAUCGCUUCACCUUUCAGGGCAACAGGUUUGAAAUCACUGCUGUGGGCUCUUUGUGCCUUCCUAAACUGGUUUAUUACACUAAAUCGGCUUUCCACUCUAAACACAUCCUGAGGCACCUCCGUGACAGUCACCAACUCCACAUGAACACCAGAGAUGCAGUCAGUUACAUCCAACAGCUGGAAAACAUGGGUACCAAAGAAGCCUACAUCUGUGACACAGAGUGCCUAAGAAAGAGUCUCCAGUGCGGCAACCUCACAUCUUCAAUGUCUGACUGCAGUGAUACAUUGGAAACAGCUACUGCCUGGUUUAAAGAGGAAAAGGAGGAGGAUGGAGGCUCUACAACAGCAGUUGUUUGUUUACACGGAUGCCAGAGUCUGAGCUGUGGUUGGACGAAUCAGAGGAGUUGUUUGUUGAUGAUCCAGCUGAGGUGUCCUGGCUGGCUGAGCUGCUCCAUGGUGUGUCUGUUGACGCUCCUUUGAUGUUACCCUCUUUUUGCUGGGCAGCACGAUCCUGCAUCAAAGCCAACAUCCUUCUCUGUGAUCUUCAGGUUCUGUGGAAGAAAACUGAUGAAGGGAUGUCUGUGGACUAAUUUAGAGUCAGAGGAUGCAGGGAUUCAUCACCUGUUCUUCAUCUCAUGACAAGGAGACACCUGUUGGAGUUUGUUGUUAUGGAGCGAAAAUGCUGAAAGGAUACAGCUGAGUGUUAUAUUUUGUUUGCUUAGAGGAAACCUCAUUAUAUGUGCUAAAACAGAAGCCACAUAGUGACCUGAGUGCAGCCCAAAGUUGCAGUAAUUACACUUCAGAGAUCGAUGUAUACAGACUAAAUCUUGCCCACAAAGAGGUAUAAUAUUGUUUUAAUACAUAUUUACAAACUAAAUGUAUUAAUAUAUCAAUAACAUAAUAAAUGCAA